AUGGCCGAAGAACCACCGGAGAGCUCGUCGCGGCGAGUAUCUGGAACCCUCGGGUUGUCCGGUCUACGAUCAGCGGCGCCGUUCGUGAAUGGAUCCUUGCUGGAGAGGCCCGUUCGCCGUACAGGCGCUCCACCGUCGAUUCCUGUGCGGCGCGUCGGCCUCAUGCGCCCGCACGGCUCUUCUCUCAUCGGCGGCAGCGGCAGUCUUUUCUCCUUUCCUUCGGCGGGACAAGUACUUCUGUUUUCUGUUUUCCAUGUAGAUUUAUGUACAAGACCACAAGCAGAAAAUAUUGAAGCUUAUUCUGGCCGGGACAGAGGGUUCAACUUGAAUGAACCAGCUAGUGAUAGUGCAUUGCCUCAAGGGUACCGUGGAGUUGGGUACAACCCUAACUUCGAGAACGCAGAUGAGUACCCUCCAAGCCAAACACCGGUUCAAGCAAACCCUCGCAAGAUCAUAGAUUUGAAUGAUCUAGCAAAUAAGCGUACAAGAAAGUUUUACAGCACGGAAGAAAAACGGCAGAUUUACCAAUGGAUCCAGCAACGUAAUGGAACCUCCUGUAAGAUGAAACGUGGCGUCACGGCUGAAGUUGCAAUGUUGGCUAAGUGUCCACGAAGGGUAGUCACAAGAAUUUGGAGGCAGGGAAUAAAUGGAGGUGGCAUAAAUAGUGUGAAGUGUGGAAAGAUCGGGAAAGUUGGUAGAAAGAAGAACAUACUGGACAUAGAAGCAAUGGAAGCUAUCCCAACAACCGAACGCACCACUAUACGUCAACUUGCAGAAGCUAUGAACAUGCCAAAAUCUACUGUUUUCCAAAGGUUGAAAGAGAAGGAAAUAAGAAGAGUCACAAGCGAUGUGAAGCCCAUGUUGGGAGACGAAAACGAGAAGCAACGUUUGGUCUAUGCUCUCCAUCAAGUUGAGCCUUCUACUCUGUUUGGUGAUGAUCCCACAAUGAAGGGUGGAUUCAAUGUUGCCCAUUAUGAUGAGAAGUGGUUCUACAGAAUUAGGAGGAAUGAAAAUGUAUAUUUGAGCAAAAGGGAGGAAGCCCCAAAAAGAUCAACAAAGAACAAGAAUUAUAUCGAGAAAAUAAUGUUUGUUUCCGUAAUGGCUAGACCAAGAUAUGAUGCACAAGGUAAUUGCACUUUUGAUGGGAAGAUAGGCGUUUGGGCUUAUGUUGAAUGGGUGCAAGCACAAAAGAGAAGUGCUAAUAGGAAGAGGGGAGAUUGGGAGCUCAAACCAUGCACCGAAGUUGACAAGGCCAAAAGUAGAGAGUACCUUGUUAAAUUCAUUCUUCCUGCGAUCAAGGCAAAGUGGCCGGCUAGUGACAGGCACAAACCAAUCUACAUUCAGCAAGACAACGCUAGAACUCAUAUUCAGCCCGAUGAUCCAAUAUUUCUUACUGAGGCUGCACGUGGAGGUUGGGACAUUCGGAUGGUCUAUCAACCUCCUAACUCACCGGACUGCAAUAUUUUGGAUCUUGGUUGGUUUGCUUCUAUUCAAUCAUUGUUUCAAAAGAAAAUGCCAAAAACUCUUGCAGAAAUAGUUUCAAAGGUUAAUCAAUCCUUAGCGGAAUAUCCACAUCAAAAACUCAAUAGGAUUUUCUUGAGCCACCAAGCAUGCAUGAGGGAGAUUAUCAAGAAGAAGGGAUCAAUUCAUUAUGAUGUACCUCACUUGAAGAAGAAAGCACUUGAGAGGCAAGGAAAGUUACCAAUCCGUUUGAAAGUAGAGAAGCAGCUCGUAGAAGAUGCAUUUGCGUGGCUUAACGCAAACUUUCCUAUUACUCCUACUUUUUAAAUUUUGUAAUGCUAUGGACAGUACUCAUCUGUUUGAGAUCAUGCGUUUCAAUUCAUCUGUUUUCAAUUUUGU